AUGUGGAGAACGAGACCAUCGAAUCAAUUCUCUCUGCAGAGUCAGAUGACUCUGACAACGAGAGCNGAGAGAUUUAAGAGAAAUGUGGAGAACGAGACCAUCGAAUCAAUUCUCUCUGCAGAGUCAGAUGACUCUGACAACGCGAGCUCCACUGAGCUGGUGAGUUGUGGUGGUGGGACAGCGGCUUCGGACACAUCUGAGUCACCAAUGGAGCCUGACUCAACAAUUGAUAUGGAAGAAGUGCACGAUCCAAUGGUCAUUCCGGAGGAUCCACAGAAUACCGCUGAGGUGGCUAUCACGAUCCCCGAGUCACCUGAGAGCCUUGAGUCAGUAGAGGGAGGUUUGGAUGUACCUCCCGAGGUAGCAGAGCAGGAUGAUUCAGCUGUUCCUAUGAUUCACGAUCCAAUAGAGGAGAGUCCAAUCAUGUCUGGUGUUUCAGACUCUCCAGAGAGCCCAGAGCCAGCUGAGAGAGGACCAACUCUGCCUAUUAUUCCAGACUCACCGGAGAGCCCGGAGCCAGCAGAGAAAGGCCCAGCAGUGCCUACUAUCCCGGACUCGUCAGAGAGUUCAGAGCUAGCAGAGAAGG